UUCUUCUUCGUCAGCCUCCCUUCCACCGCCAUAUUGGGCAACUAAAAAAGAGGGGGGGCUAGUGCUUUCGGGGUGUUUUUUUCCUCCUCAUCCCUUGUCCUGACUCACUCGCGGCUCUGAGACUCGCGCGGCGGCAAGGUUUGGAGAGGGGCUGCAUUCGCGGGACCCACGGGCUCGCCCCAGCCUACACUGCGACUGUUCGCCACCUCCUCCUGCCUCCUCCCCUCCCUUCCCCGCCCUCCAGUACACUUGAUCCCAGAGCCUCGAGCUGCGCGGCCGGGACGUCCCUGCUCUCUCCCCUAGACCUGCGCGCUCCUGCGGCUCGGGCGGUCGCUGGACCGCCUCUGCUCCACUUGACUACCCGGGUGCAGUCGCAGAACUUCGAAGAGGGGUUCGCGCUGCGACCGGGACGUUUCGCUUUUGUUCGGUUUUGUUGUUUAUUUCAUUUUAUUUUAUUUUUUUCGGAGAGUGGGAGCCUAGGCGGUGGUCCACACCCGCCCGGGGAGGAAGAUGUCAAACGUGAGAGUGUCUAACGGGAGCCCGAGCCUGGAGCGGAUGGACGCCAGACAAACGGAGCACCCCAAGCCUUCCGCCUGCAGAAACCUCUUCGGUCCGGUCAAUCACGAAGAACUGACCCGGGACUUGGAGAAGCACUGCCGAGAUAUGGAAGAAGCGAGUCAGCGCAAGUGGAAUUUCGACUUUAAGAAUCAUAAGCCCCUGGAGGGCAGAUACGAGUGGCAGGAGGUGGAGAAGGGCAACUUGCCCGAGUUCUACUACAGACCCCCGCGACCCCCUAAGAGCGCCUGCAAGGUGCCGGCUCAGGAGAGCCAGGAUGUCAGCGGGAGCCGCCAGGCGGUGCCUUUAAUUGGGUCUCAGGCAAACUCUGAGGACCGGCAUUUGGUGGACCAAAUGCAUGACCCGUCAGACAGUCCGGCGGGGUUAGCGGAGCAGUGCCCAGGGAUGAGGAAGCGACCUGCAGCAGGCGAUUCUUCUUCGCAAAACAAAAGGGCCAACAGAACAGAAGAAAAUGUUGCAGACGGUUCCCCGAACGCUGGCCCAGUGGAGCAGACGCCCAAGAAGCCCGGCCUUCGAAGACACCAGACGUAAACAACAGCUCCGAAUUACGAAUAUUUCCUUGUUUAUUAGAUACAUCACUGCUUUAUGAAGCAAGGAAGAUUUACAUGAAAAAUUUAAAUACAUAUCGCUGACUCCAUGGAAUGGACAUCCUGUAUAAGCACUGAGAAAGCAAAAACAUAAUAACACUAAACAUUUUAGGCACUCUUUAAACCAUCUGCCUCUAAAAGCGUUGGAUGUAGCAUUGCGCAAUUAGGUUUUUCCUUAUUUGCUUCACUGUACUACCUGUGUAUAUAGUUUUUAUCUUUUACUAUGUAGCACAUAAACGUUAGGGAUGGGGGAGGGGAGGGUGGGGCUGAGGAC